UAUUGUUUACUUCCUGGGUGAGCGGGUCAGCUGCGUUUUGGGUCAUGUCUCUGGGAUUGUGAUACCUCUUUUGAGUGCGACCAAAAUACAGUCGUUUAAACUUAACUUGAUUCAGCUGUCGUUAUUUUUCGGAGUAAACAUCGCCACAAUGACUGAGGAUGUCCAGAAGCACUCAGUCCACACUCUGGUGUUCAGGUCUCUCAAAAGGACGCAUGAUAUGUUUGUGUCCGACCAAGCCAAGUCCGUCGCUCUGGAUGACGAAAGCUACAAGGUAAAGAUGGAUGUGAAACUAAAAGCAGACUAUGGUGCGGUCUUACACAUGCCUGUCCUGAAGGAAGGAAAGGACAGAGUCUCUCAGCUUCCUGGCAGCAUGCAAGGCCACCAAAGCUAUGCACAGCCAGGGGAUGAUCCAGACUACCUGAUCACAGGGACACAUGCUUAUCCUUCUGGACCUGGAGUGGCUUUGACUUCUGACACAAAGAUGCACAGGAAUCCAAGCGAGGGAGGAGUCUACUCCAUGGCACUGACUUUGCCACCCUCACAAGCCAGGCAAGAUGCGAGCCGCACUGCAGCCAGUGUUGCUGACAUCCAUCGACACGCAGGAGGAGCAGAAAGAUCUCAUCCCAUGUCAUCUUCUGUGUCACUUUUGGAGGGAGGAGGUACCAGAAAUUCAGCCCUCAUGAGGAAAGCACCAACCAUGCCUAAACCUCAGUGGCAUCCUCCAUGGAAACUGUUCCGGGUUAUCAGUGGUCACCUGGGUUGGGUCAGGUCCAUCGCUGUGGAGCCCGGGAAUCAGUGGUUUGUCACCGGAUCAGCUGAUAGAACCAUAAAGAUCUGGGACCUUGCCAGUGGGAAACUGAAGCUCUCUCUGACGGGACACAUCAGCACGGUGCGCGGUGUGGCAGUCAGCAGUCGCAGCCCCUACUUGUUCUCCUGUGGAGAGGACAAGCAAGUCAAGUGUUGGGAUCUGGAGUACAACAAGGUCAUCAGGCAUUAUCAUGGACAUCUCAGUGCUGUGUAUGAUAUUGACCUGCAUCCAACUAUUGACGUGCUGGUGACGUGCAGCAGAGAUGCUUCAGCAAGAGUGUGGGACAUCAGAACAAAAGCCAAUGUGCACACACUCACCGGCCACACCAACACUGUGGCCACAGUGAGGUGUCAGGCUGCAGAGCCUCAAAUCAUUACAGGCAGCCAUGAUUCGACAAUCAGGCUGUGGGAUUUGAUCGCCGGAAAAACCAGAGCAACUCUGACAAACCACAAGAAGUCUGUGCGAACUAUCGUGAUGCACCCCAGACAAUACACCUUUGCCUCUGGCUCAGCCGAUAACGUCAAGCAGUGGAUGUUUCCUGAUGGAAACUUCAUCCAGAACCUGUCAGGCCACAACGCCAUCAUCAACACCCUUGCUGUUAACUCUGAUGGUGUGCUUGUGUCUGGAGCCGACAAUGGGACCAUUCACAUGUGGGACUGGAGAACGGGCUACAACUUCCAGCGGAUUCACGCAGCGGUGCAGCCGGGAUCCCUGGACAGCGAGUCGGGGAUCUUUGCCUGCAUGUUCGACCACUCAGAGAGCCGACUGAUCACCGCAGAGGCUGACAAGACAAUUAAAGUAUACAAAGAGGACGACACCGCUACUGAAGAAAGCCAUCCAAUCAACUGGAAACCAGAAAUCAUGAAGAGGAAACGAUUCUAAUGAUUUUUUCAAGUUUUUAUUCUUGUCACAGUAACCUUUUUUUUUUUUUUUUUCUAUCAAGCUUCUUGUUCUAGACAUGUCCAUAAAGAUUUGUUGUUAAAGCUGUUUCCCUCCGUUAUUCAUAAAUCUGGAAUGAGGUUCAGUUGUCACAAAUGGUUUAUACUACAAACCAUUUGCAGUCCUCGUUGUACGACGUGAGUCCAAUGAAGCUGCCGUCCUGGACUGCCAGGAACUUCCCCGAGUCUUUGUUCUUGAUUAUGACGGCUCUCUGGUGGCUGUGGUCGGUCUGAUCCACCAACAUCAGCCACUCCUCAGACACAGAUGGACUAGCUUCAGAGUGGACCUGGUUUGUGAUUGGCUCAAAUCCUGCAGAGGAAAAGAUGUUUUUUUGUAAUGACUCAACAGCUUAAUAGAAUUGCCAUUUGUAAGGAGAUGGAAAUAAGUAUUGCCCUUUUUCUAGCUUGCUAUGUGAAGUUUAGUUGGCUUCAUUUAAUAAAGACCACAUUUUUCA